AUGUUCAAACGAGCUUCUGAAUUUUACAGGGAGGUUGCUGAGCUAAUCGCCAACGAAGGAACGAAUUGGGAUUUUAUUCCACCCUACUCACCUCACUUUGGCGGCCUGUGGGAGGCGGCGGUGAAAUCCGCGAAGAGGCAUCUUCUUCGGUCAGUAGAGGGCCACAGGCUGACCUUCGAAGAACUGACAACAUUAUUGUGCCAGGUGGAAGCGUGUUUAAAUUCACGACCGUUAUCACCACUCACGGACGACCCCAAAGACUUCUCCGCACUAACACCGAAUCACCUCAUUACGGGUCACUCACUGUCGGCGAUUCCGGAAUCACCGGAAAAUUUAAAUUUCGACGGAGGACACAAAAGGUGGGCCCUCGUACAAAAAUUAAUUGAACAUUUUUGGCGUAGGUGGAGUAAAGAAUAUCUGGGCCAACUGCAACACCUUCCGAAGUGGCGGAAGGCGCUUCCUAACCUCCAACUCGGAACCCUCGUCUUGCUAAAGGAGGACUCGACACCACCAACUAAAUGGCCGAUGGCGCGCGUCGUGAAGGUCCACGAGGGAAAAGAUGGCCUAACACGUGUGGCGAACGUCCAGACUGCUACCAGACUGACCACACGUGCAAUCACACGGUUGAUUCCACUCGUGUCGCCGAACGAUACGGACAACGCUAUGGCUAAGAAGACGUCUCAUGAUACGUCUGUCACGGCGGGCGGCGGCACUCUACCGGCAGCCGAGCAGUGA